GCUGCACCGGUUUCGUGCGGACUCGGCAGCAACGUGAUUAUAUUUACUUGACCUCUGACCUUGUGACGUCACGAUCCUGUGAGUGAAACAGAGGAGAGCCGUGCGGGAGGGCAAGUGUACACAAUUCACGGUGUCUGACCAAAGGUACCCUUGGUCCAUGCGACUUCAGACGGAAACUCAAUGGGAGAUAAGACAGGACAAGUCCCUGAUGAUGACGGAACCAGGGACCAGAGACCCCCUGACGAGAAGAAUAAGCCGUGUGCUGAAGAAAAAGAUGGCAAUGGAGUAACGGUGUCAAAAUUUGAUCUGGACGAAACAGACGAUGAGAUAAAGCGCGAGCAGUGGUCCAGUCCUAUUGAAUUUAUUCUGUCCUGCAUUGGCUUUGCCGUGGGACUCGGCAAUGUAUGGAGAUUCCCAUAUCUCUGCUAUAAGAACGGUGGAGGUGCGUUCCUGAUCCCGUACUUCAUCUUCCUGGUGGGAGGAGGCAUCCCUGUCUUCUUCCUGGAGGUGUCAUUGGGACAGUUCAUGAGUCAAGGAGGACUGGGGGCAUGGAACAUCUGUCCUGUCUUUCAGGGUAUUGGUGUGGCCUGUAUAGUAAUAGUAUUCUUGAUGAACUGUUACUACAUCAUCAUCUUGGCCUGGGACAUCUUCUACCUAGUGGAGUCAUUCACUUCAGUGUUGCCUUGGUCUCACUGUAAUAACACAUGGAAUACAGAGAGAUGCUCUGUGUCAUUUAACAAGAAUGUCAACGUCGGUGUCACACACUGCUCCAAUGUGACGGGGACAUUGUUUGGUACAAAUGCAAGUUUGAUGAAUGAUUUGACGGUGAACUGUACCAAUACAACCAACAUUACUACAGUGGACCCCGUCGUAGAGUUUUGGGAGCGCCGCAUCCUGCAAAUCUCUGGUGGAGUGGAUGAAGUAGGCACUAUUGUGUGGCAGCUGGCGCUGUCGCUGCUGGUCAUCUGGAUCAUUGUCUACUUCUGUAUAUGGAAGGGAGUCAAGUGGACGGGGAAGGUUGUGUAUUUCACAGCCACAUUUCCCUACCUAGUGAUCACAGCACUUCUGAUCCGUGGGGUGACNUGGUGAAUAUGUAAUGAAUGUGGGACUUUGCAAAAGAUACAAAGAGAAUUUUCUUUAUUGAUUUUGUAGGUAUGGAUAGAUGCUGGCACCCAGGUUUUCUUCUCCUAUGCCAUAGCCCUGGGAGCCAUGAUAGCACUGGGCAGUUAUAACAAGUUCCAUAACAACCACUACAAGGAUGUGAUCAUCAUCUCCCUGGCCAACAGCGGCACCAGUUUGUACGCUGGUUUCGCCAUCUUCUCCGUGCUGGGCUUCAUGGCGUACGAGCAAGGCGUGGACAUCACGGAGGUAGCAGAGUCCGGCCCGGGACUGGCCUUCAUUGCCUACCCCAAGGCAGUCACACAGAUGCCCAUAGCACCGCUGUGGGCCAUACUGUUUUUCUUGAUGAUCAUAUUUUUGGGAUUGGACAGUCAGUUUGUUGGCGUGGAGGCCUUCGUGACAUCCAUAUUGGACCUGUUCCCGAGGCUCCUCAGGAAAGGCUACAACAGAGAGAUCUUCAUUGCCAUCUACUGCUUUGUGUCCUUCUGUGUGGGCCUGCUGAUGGUGACCAAUGGAGGCAUGUAUGUGUUCCAGUUGUUUGACUACUACUCUGCCAGCGGGAUAGCCCUGUUGUGGGUCUGCUUCUGUGAAUGUGCAGCCAUAGGAUGGAUAUAUGGUGCGUCCAGGUUCUACAAGGACAUUGAGCUGAUGCUGGGCUUCAAGAUCCUGCCCUGGUUCUGGGUCUGCUGGAUUGUUAUCACACCUCUGAUAACCAUGGGGAUGUUGAUCUUCUUCUUUGCGACCUUCAAGCCACUAACAUACAACAAGACGUACGAGUACCCUCCGUAUGCACAGGGCCUGGGCAUGUGCAUGGCAUUCGCAUCCAUGAUCUGCAUCCCGCUGACGGCACUCUACAGGAUAGCUAGGGCCAGGGGGACAUUGGCUGAGCGUUGGGCAUUUGUGACCACACCACGGAACCGACCAAAGGAGGCCAAAAUUGCUCAUCUAACUUACGCCGUCAUCCCAACCUAUGAUGUUGAAAACGUGUCCAAAGUUCCCACAGCAAUGCAAAAUGGCAGCGACCACGCCCAUCCCAAAGAAAAAGCCACGAACAACAACGCCACCCCUAUGCUCUCUCCGUCCGAUCUAAUGGCUAAUGGAAAUGCUGUAUAAUACAUUCUUCUUGUUUACUUUGGUGCGAUGGAGGGUGGUGACGACUCCAGUAUUCUCCGAAUCCACUCAGAAACACAUCCGCAGUGCCGAAGAUUCUUGGUCCACAAUCAGUC